GUGUGGUCCCCGUGGUGGUGGCGGCGUCACUCGCUCGUCACCCACCACAGGAGUAGCACGUGUGGGCCACGACACAAGACUUGGCCCUCCCAUAUUUCUCCGUUUAGAGUUGAUAUUCCUAUUUCAUAUAUUGACAUAGGCUAGUCAACUCAUACUAUUUUCAUUUCCCCAGAUUUACUAACGGCAAUUCAUUUUAAGAUUUGAAUGAACUUGUGGGAUGAACCCAAGAUAUGAGUCAAGGCAGCGUGAUGGAGUACGCAGCCAUGCUGAGUGCUCCAGAUUUAGUGUGUGGUUUGCAAGACCUACUGGCUGACCCUGACCAUGUGGUGGUAAAGCGCACCAUACGGGUGUUCGCCAAUGUAUACCGCCAUGCCCUCCAGCUCCUGGCCACCGGUGAUCUGGAUGAGGCCACCUUCAAUGGCGCCUGGCCUGCUGUCAAGAGCGUGGCAGAACAACUCAUAAGCAUGUUGGCCACAUCAGAAAAUGAAGGCUUAAUAGUUCACAUUGUUCGCUUCUUGGAGGCCGCACUCGUAGCCCACCUGUUGUCUGAUGUUUCACGGUUUCCAGAGCUUGCUUCUCAGACUCCCAAGAUCGUAUCUAGAGGUGUAGAUGCACUAAAGGCCUUAGUGACGACGCCUUACGUCGGUGGCUCCGCCUUUAUUGUGGCUGUGAGGGCUCUCAUUACCGUCGCCUGUUACAAACGUGACCUUUGGGUGUCUGUCACCAAUCUUAUACAGAAGCAAGUUGCUUCUCCACCACCAACACUGUUUGACCAUAAUGUACGGUCCCUUCACAAGAUACUGCAGAGGAAUCUGUUCCGGUUGUUAAGACGGGCAGACACUACAGCCCUACGAGCCCAAUUAAUUGACAUGAUGGUAACGGUUGGUGUCCCACGUCGCAUGCUUUCUCAGUGGGCACCACCACAGGAAAGUCGUAAAAGAUCAGCACAAGUUGCACAAAGUGAGGAUGCCAUCACAGGCCGUAAUACUCCUCCGACAGCUAAGAGAAUUAAAGGUGAAACUGAGAGUGUGAAUGAACGAAGGGGAACUCCUCCAAGAGAUCCUCGUGAGUCACGUAGCACCAGAGAUGGUCGUAUUCCUCGUGAUAUGUGUGAUAUUCGUGGGGACUCUAGAGACCCAAGAGUUGGUGCAGAUCCUAGAGACCCAAGGACUGUCCAGCGGUCAGAUCCACGACUUAGCCCUCCACAUGAUCCACGAGACACACCCACCCAAGACCCCCCCAGUAAACCAAACACACCACCAGCCUCAGGAAGAUCCACACCUGAGGAUAAAGUAAUUGUGAACCACACCAAGAAAGUAAAAGAAGUUAACUCUAACUUUGAAUUUUUAAAGAGCUUGAUAACAAGCACAAAAAGUAAAGAGGCACCCUCUCCUGAAAGAUUUUCCGAAAAGGAGAGGGCAUUGUAUGAACGGUUGGAUCAUCCUCACGUAGUAGAACUGGUUCUGUCUUGCCUGGAUAGUGUACCUGACUCUCCCCCUGAAGAUCUGCUUACAAAGCUUGGGCAUGGUAGCGGUGACGUCGAUGGAAUCAGAGAGCAUUUAACUCGCCUUUUGGCUCCCCACUUACAUACUGACUUUAUCAACAGUUUAACUCCAGUCGAGGAGAACACGCAUUCUAACCCACCAUCAAGACCACCUUCCACUUGCGCUGCCACUGUAGCCUCAUGUGAUGUAACUCCACCUUUGAGCAUUCUGGGAGAACCUUCCCCGCCUUCCCCUCCAUCUUCCAAUCGCUCCACGCCCACAGAUCCUUCCCUCUUGUGCAGUUCUGAUGUCGAUCUGCGCCAGUUGUUGGAUCGGGGAUUCCAGAGUACUGGAGAUAUCGACAUGCGGCCACCCAGGGAUCUCAAGAGAGAAACAGAAGACAACUCUGCAGAAGACCCAAGGUCAUCCAGGACUGACCCAAGACUGAUAAAAACAAGCAGUGUGGACUUUAGAGAUGACAUAACACAUCCCAGGGCAAUCAUGAUCUCUACAAGCACACGAUUGGAUCCACGGAUCACCAAUGAUCCUAGGAGUGUAUCUGAUCAUCUAGAUAUACGUGCGACUAACAUGGACCCCAGGAUCACGCAGUCCUUCGCUGAUGGCAUAAAUCCCAGAUUAGGUAGCUGUCCUGACCCUCGAGAGCAGAUGAUGGGCAACAGCCAGCAGAACUUCAUGAGUAUGGGUAGUGGACUCCCUGGAAUGAGGAACAUGAUGCAGAACAAUUUCCAGAAUUUUGAUGCCACGUUUGGGAAUGGUCAUGUCAUAAACCAGCAAGACUCAUUAAUGAUGAAUAGUUCGCAUGGAAUUGGGCUCUGCAAUGGGCCCAUGGAUCUCAACAUGGGAAGGCUAGGCAAUGGCAACCCCCAUGAUCAAGGUUUUGUAGGGGGAGGGAACAAUAUGUUCAAUAUGAGGCCAGAUGGGCUGGGUGGACCCUGGCAGCAGAAUCGAAUGCCCAUGAUGAUGCCUUUGAUGAAUGGUGGCCCCGGCAUGUUUCCUCAGGCACCGCCUAUGCAUUUGUAGCUGUUGCACCCCUCGCCACUUUUCGGAAAUACAAGAUGGGGGAGGCACCCUCACAUUCCCCCACACUGCUUACGUUGGCAGCCAAACAAUUACGGGCCAAAUAUAAACUUUUAAGUUUCCAUUCCCACUCCAUAAGGUGCUAAAGGUUAAGAAAGCCAUCCUGUAAAUAUCUCGUCUGUUUAUGUGAACUCUUGUAUUAAUUACAGCAUUUUGUUAAGUUGCUACUCAAGUACCUUGUUAUGGAACAUUUCUUAAGCUCACUAAUAAUGGUUCCUUAUCUAUAUUAUUUUAAAGUAGUUAAAGCAUAGCAAGGACUAUAAAGUUCCUAACUGAUGAGUGUCACGUGUAUAGCAGCAGCUAGUGAUUCCCCAACAAUGUAUAUUUAUGUGAAUGAAUGUAUUAUGUGUAUCUUUUUUAUAUAUUUUGAAUAUACAAUAGCCAUUGUAUAAA